ACACCACCUGCGACAGGUGGACCGCGCGGCACCUGGCGUUCGGCAAUGGCCGCGGAGGGCUCGGGGCUGCAGCGGGAGCUGGGGCCAGGGCCCAAGCCGGACGCGUUGUGUCCCGAGCACGGCCAGGGUCUUGGCUGGUUCUGCGGCUCGGAGAGGCGGCCCGUGUGCGCCGCCUGCGUGGGCCCAGGCGGCCGCUGCCGGGGACACCGCGUCCGCCGGGCCAAGGAGCACGCGGAGGAGCUGCGGAAUAAGAUUGUGGACCAGUGUGAGAGGCUGCAGUUACAGAGUGCUGGUAUCACCAAGUAUGUGGCUGAAGUCCUAUCGGGGAAGAACCAACGAGCAGUGAGCACGGCCAGUGCAGCAAGGGAAGUGGUCAUCCAGCGGUUGAGUUUGGUGAGGAGUCUUUGUGAGAGUGAGGAGCAGCGGUUGCUGGAACAGGUGCAUGGUGAAGAGGAGCGGACCCACCAGAGCAUCCUGACACAGCGGGCACACUGGGCUGAGGCUCUGCAGAAGCUCAACACCAUUCGUAGCAGCCUGGUGGACAUGCUCACCCAUCUGGAUGACCACCAGCUGAUUCAGAAAGAGCAGGAGAUUUUUGAGAGGUCUGGAAUCAGCUCUUUCUCCAGGGAUCUUGGUUUCUUAGAGCAGGGGAAGAAUAUUUAGAAGCCAGGAUCUGGCAGUAAGGGUACUCAUUGCUACUGAUGUGUCACGGCUUCCGGGCCUUUUCGGGGAGCAACAGUAAGAGCUGAGUGUGUGUAACUAUUUCAUGCACAAGUCUGUAUCACAACUUUGAAUUCUAAUCUAGCACCACAGGGUUUUCCCUUUUUGUGUCCCUAUUAUAUAUUUGUAUCUUUUUUCUUUUAUAGUGAAAACCUUGGUUCCCAACAACAUGAAAAUAUUUAUUCAUUUGCUCAAUCCUACAAUAUAUACAAAAUUGUUUGAGAGCAGCUAACCCCAUUCUACUACUGACAACUACUAGUAGAGUUCAAGAUCUGUCUGCAAUCAUUUGUGACCCCAGGUUGAGGGUGUACACUCUCAAAGAGCUGUGUUCAAAAGUUGUCAGGCCCCUUAUAGCUGGAACCUCAUUUGUCUGAGAAACGUCUUUGGCUCUGGUUUCUGUGCUCCCUCUCACCUGACAGUGACAACAGGUCCCAUUGUAUGGGCUGAGCAUUCAGAUCCAAGCCAGGAUCUGCAUUUGAGCCCUAUUUUACUUCCAUCCCUCUGAGGCUAUGAGUUUUCUCCUCCAUAUCAUGUGGUUCUCUGUGGACUGUACUAUCCAUACCUGGUCUCAGAUCUGUCCUGGGAUGACAGCUUAGCCCUGCUACUGCUGGCUCUUUCCUCCCCACCUGUUUGCUGGAGCUUCUCCAGAUGGAGCCGCAGUGCUCUGAGAACAUGGCAACAGACCCUCUGUUGUCCUGACCACAAAAAACACUUUGUUACCAGAACCCACUCUUAGUACUACAAGGCCCUGUCCACCCCAUUCCUCCCAGGCAAGGCAGUCAGUGACGGUCUUGCAAAAAGCUUCACUCCACUGGGGAGAGAGGGCUACUGAAUGACCUCAGAACUAGCUACCCAGUUAGAGGUGAUGGGAAGGUUCUUUCCACUCAGGUCAGAGGGCUGCAAAGUUUUGUGAUAUCCCCACUUUGCUCUAUACCAGUGGUGGUGAACCUAUGGCACUCAUUCCACAGCUGGCUAUUUGUAUCAUUGAAAGCUCUGAAAUGUUCACUAUCCCUGCUAUAUCCUUUUGAAAUUUCAUUUCAGAUCAAGGAAAACGUGGAAUGGUGCCUGUGGCCCCCCUGGGUUUGUUCUAUCUUUGCAUGGAGGCAGGGCAUGAAUCCAGCUUCCCUUUGUGGCUGAGUGCCUCCUCUGAAUCUCUGUUCUCUCCUGUCAGGCAGAAUAACCACUACAUCCUAGAAUAUGGCAAAACUGAAGUAUGCUCCCGGAUAGAAAGCAGUAAUCUCAGGGCCUGGCAGCUGCAUAAAUGGCAAUUCUCCCUUCUUAGGCAUCUUAUGUUCCCCAGUUACCUCUCCAUGACUGAUGGUCCCUUCCUGUGUGACUGGUCACAGGUGUUUGAAUUCUUUUUUUUUUUUUUGGAACCGGGGAUCAAACUCGGGUCCUUGCACUUGCAAGGCAGGCUGUGGAACCAAGGUGUUUGAAUUUUAAGAGCAGAGGAGUGGCUGUGCCUUCUGACCAAACCAAGGGAAACAUUACUGCUGCAGUAGAUUUUGGUUUUGUUUUUGAGACAGGCUGUCAUUUGGAGUUCUGGUUUGAACUAAAGUAUGUAGCCCAGCCUGGCCUUGAACUUGUGGCAGUCCUCUUGUCUCAGCCUCUCAAGUGCUAGGAUUAUAGACAUGUACCACUGUACCUGGCUUUGCAGUAGAUUUUUGAAACAAUGUAUUUUCUGGGUAGGAUACAGGAGUAGAAACACUACCACAUAGGGAAUCAAGCGGCCCGAGUUCUAGUCCCAGCUUGACUGCUCAUUUAUUGAGGGACACUCAAUAAAUUCUCCCACAAGUGCAGACUGGUGCAACCACUGCGGAAGUCAGUAUGGAGAUACCUCAAAGAACUAGGACUAGAGGUCCCAUUUGACCCAGCUAUUCCCCUGCUGGGUAUCUUCCCAAAAGAAUUAAAAGAAUCAUACCACAGUGAUAUAUGUGCACUCAUGUUCAUAGCGGCA